AUGGCAGGUCAAGCUGACAUAUCGCAAAUCCUGGCGGCACUGGCUGCGCAGCGCCCCGCCAGCACUCCAUCCCAGGCGCAGCAACCGCCGCCGCAACAGCAAGCGCCAGGUGCUCCAGGUCUGCCUCAAGGCUUUUCUGGCGCAUACAUGACGCCUACGCCGCCUACCGGAAUGCCCGCCUAUGGACUCCCACAGCCUACAAGCUCCGGCAGUGUUGAUCUGAGCUCCAUCAAGCCAGUUAGCACCGGUUCCGUGAGCAUCGCCGACGCACUUGCGAAGGCGCGGAAUAUUGCAACUGAGAAAGGCUUGCAACCGUACGAUGGAGGAAGGGCCAGCGCAGGCCCCGUCCGUGAAGACCCAAGGCUAGCUGGACGCUCAUAUCGUCGCUCGCGGUCGCGGUCGCGUUCCCCUCCUCGUCGCGACAAUUACCGUGACAGUUACAAUCCUCCUAACCCCUAUCGCGAUGAGAGGCGGGACGAUGCGCGCCGUGGUGGCUACGGACGGGACAGAUCGCGCUCACCCCCCGGUCGCAGUCGGGAACCUUUUUCACCUCAGCGUACUAGUUACAACCGUGAUCGCUCCCCACCCCGUGGCGAUGACAGUGAAACCAUCACGAUUGAGUCUUCCCUUGUCGGCUUGGUCAUCGGACGCCAGGGCGAGAAUCUCCGCAGAAUUGAGCAGGACACUGGCACUAGAAUUCAAUUUGUCACUGGUCCUGAAGCUGGUGGUCCUCAGCGGCAAUGCAGGAUUUCUGGUAAUACACGUGCUCGUGUAGAUGCAAAGAGAGAAAUCUUCAGAAUCAUCGAUGAGAACGGAGGCCAGUCAUCGAGGGACACGCCCACAAGCCGAGGAGUCAAAACACAGAGAGGCAAUCAGCCCGCUCUACGUGUAGGAGAGGAUAGCGUUCAGAUCAUGGUUCCUGAUCGUACUGUUGGACUGAUCAUUGGCCGACAAGGCGAGACGAUUCGUGACCUUCAGGAGCGGAGUGGAUGCCACGUCAACAUUGUUGGCGAGAACAAGAGUGUGAACGGACUGCGGCCCGUCAACCUCAUUGGCAGCAAAGAAUCUGCUGCUCGCGCUAAGGAGCUAAUCCUCGAAAUCGUUGAAAGCGACACCCGGCCUUCCGGCCCACCGGUAAAGGAACACGGGCGUCCCAGUUUUGAGGCGCCUGGUGGCGGCAAGAUAAAUGACACCGUUGUUGUUCCCUCCGAAGCUGUUGGUAUGAUUAUUGGUAAAGGUGGCGAAACCAUCAAGGAAAUGCAGAACACCACUGGUUGCAAGAUUAAUGUCUCUCAAGCAUCCGGUGCCGAUAUUGAACGUGAAAUCGGCCUUGUAGGUACCCGUCAGGCUAUCGAAGAUGCCACACGGGCCAUCUGGGAGAAGGUAGACACAGUGCGUCAGCGUGAGAAGAACGGUGGUUUGGGUGGUCGAGGUGGCCGUGGCCGUGACAACGAUCCGUACAGUGACCGCUACUCACAACCGCAGCAACAACAGCCGUACGCGCAGCAGCAGCCCGCAGGUAUGCCACAGCAGCAGCCUGCUGGUGCUCAAGGAGGAGCCGAUGCUGCUGCCGCGGGAGCUGACCCGUAUGCCGUCUAUGGCGGCUACCAAAACUACAUGGCUAUGUGGUACGCCGCCCUGGCCGGCCAGCAACAGACCCAAGGCCAGACGCCAACGCCGGGCCAGCAGCCUCCCGGAGCCUAG